AUGGUCUUUGUUACACCAUUAUUACCUACCGAUAUUGAUAUUUACGUGUUAGGCGUGACAUCCUUUGGAAAAUUGGCUACACUACUUUAUUUCUCAGCAUUUACAUUAUUACUUCGUUUUUGGGAGGAUGUAAGAGCUCAAGCACGACGAGCUGAGAAACCACUAGCUAGAGUAGCUGCGAACCAAUCAGUUAUUGCAGAAUAUACACGCGGAGCGGGAGCACAGCGUUCUGGUCGGUCACGCAAACUUUUUCUCGUGGCUAAUGUUUGGAUUUAUCUAGUUGAAUGUGCUAUACUUGUUUUAAGGACGCUUUUUCCACGGGAAAAGAUGGUGCUUUUUGAGAUUGAGUAUGGAUUUAUGGCGUUGUGCUUCUUCCUACUAUCUAUCAUGCUGGCAAAGUGUGCACUGCAGCUGCGCGUCGUGCUACUUAAGAUCGAGUUUUCUUCCUUGGCUGCGACUAUUGCGACGAGAUUGUCGCUCAUUGGUGUCGUGUCUUCAUUCCUUUUCUUCUACCGCAGUUUGCUACUGCUUUUUUCCAUGCCGGCCAUUGACGUCUUUGACCCACACGUGUCCAAUUCGUGGCUAUUUUAUGCCAUUCCGGAACUCAUUCCAGGGGCAUUGGUAAUAUACAUGAUGAACGUCAAGAGACAAUACCAGCUGACUCCACUUGCGUGGGGCAUUACAAAGGUAGACGAACAGACGCCGCUACUGCAGGAGCUAAGAAGACAGCCUUGCGACCUACCGCAGUUCCGCGGCCAAGAAUUGCACAUCUAA